UUCGACCCACCGCCUUCCAUCUCCGACCGCCGUCUCCUGAUCACCUUCUUCUUCCUCCCGUCGGCCCGGUCCCAUCUGAGCCGCUUCCGAUGGUGAAACCGCCAAAGAGACAAAGAAGAAGGAGCGCGGCGGUCAUUACGCUUGAGCCGUGCUGGACCGGGUCCGACUUGAUCCGGCCCGCUUCGAUCUCUCGUCCAUCGACUCGCUCGUUCUAUAAAUAUAUCCCACGAGAAAGAUUACACCUUUUAUUUCCUAUAUGUCUUGAAUUAAAUUAAAUUGAGCACGAAACAAAAUCCCGGAAUCGAACCUCGCCCUUCUUUUUUUUUUCUUCUCUCUCUCUUUUAAGUCAAGCUCUCGUUCCGCCUCACCUCCACCGGCGAGUUCUCUUCUUCUAUCGUCACCUGCAGCAAUGUCGAGAGAUGAUAAUGAAGAUGAUGAUUAUGAGGAGUUUGGUGGAGGAAAUCGUUUCCUGGGUUUUAUGUUUGGAAAUGUUGAUAAUUCUGGUGACCUUGACAUUGACUAUCUUGAUGAGGAUGCGAAGGAGCAUCUUGCUGCAUUGGCUGACAAGCUAGGUCCAUCUCUUACGGAUAUUGACUUGAUCAAAUCCUCUCCAGGGGCACCAGAUGCUUCCGAACAAGAUUAUGAUGAGAAGGCUGAAGAUGCUGUUGACUAUGAAGAUAUUGAUGAACAAUAUGAUGGGCCUGAGGUUCAGGCUGGCACAGAAGAAGACCAUUUGCUGCCAAAGAAAGAUUUCUUUUCUUCCAAUGUGUCACUGGCUUCUUUAAGCAAUAAAGCUUCUGUUUUUGAUGAGGAAAAUUAUGAUGAGGAUGAAGAAACUGUGAAGGACAAUGAGGUGGAUGGAAAUGAUGUUGAUGUCCAAAUUUGUCCAUCUGCAGAUGAACAAUUGGAAUUAAUAUCUUCAGUAGAGAUUUCUCCUGAUGACAAUUUGCCUUCUGUUGCAUCAUCAGAGCCAGAACAAAUGAUCCCUGAAUUGGAGGAUUUUCAGGAACAUGCUAUUGAUGAACAAAAGCAAAUGGAAUCUAAAAGUGGAACUUCCCUUCCUAUUUUGUGCAUUGACAAUGGUGUGGUGAUUUUGAGGUUCUCAGAAAUUUUUGGUGUACAUGAGCCUAAAAAACAAGCAGAGCGGAAGGAUCAACAUAGACAUUCAGUAAAUAAAGAGUGGCUCAAACCCUUGGAUGUCGCUGAUAUUGUUGAAGAAGAUGAGGAGGCCUUUCUGAGGAGCACUUCUCAAGAUUUAUCUACUGUUAAGCUUUUCAACUCUGCUAUAGAUGAUGUUGAAGGCAAUGUGAAACAAGAAAUAUCUGGUGUCGCUGAGCAGUUGAAAGAUUCUUGUCUUUCCGCUCAGCCAAUGAAGGAAAAUAUAACCAUUGAUAUGUUUUCAGGUCAAAGGUCUCCACUGUGUCCUAAUUUUUAUCCCCUUGAUCAGCAAGACUGGGAGGAUGCAAUUAACUGGGGAAAUUCACCCACUGCAAGUCAUGGUUGUUCAGAGAGUUGUAUGCUGUCUGAACUUGAUGUCGAAGUGCCUAAUGAUGCUGAAUUUGAAGAAGGGUCACGCUGUAGAAACACUGAGCCUGAUGAGAAUGAUUGUAAUUUACCGGGUGAUCAUAUUUUGGUAGAGCCAUUUGGUUCCAGAAAUUUUUUAGAUUCACCAUGCAAUCAGUCAGCAGAAAAGAGUUAUCAUCCUCAAUUACUUAGGUUGGAGUGUCUUUCCAAAAAGGAUGGUUUGUAUUCUGAAGAAGUCGAGGCUGAGAAUGGGACAGCAGAAGUUUGCAAAGGUGAUGUUUUACGGCGUCUUAUCAAACUUUCUUUGCAGAAUAAGGAAUUGUCAGAAGGGUCUUGGUUGGAUCAGAUUAUUUGGGAUCCAGAUGAAGCUAUUCCAAAGCCAAAGCUGAUCCUUGACCUACAAGAUGAUCAAAUGCUCUUUGAGGUUUUAGAUAACAAGGAUGGCGAGCACCUUCGCUCUCAUGCAGGUGCUAUGGUGAUAACUCAUUCAUCAAAAUCUUCCAAGGAAGACUCUAUUGAUCUUCAUAGCCAAGGAUCAUCUGCCAGUCGAUUUAACAUCUCUAAUGACAAAUAUUAUUCCAAUCGAAAAUCCUCCCAGCAAGCCAAAUCCCAUGCUAAAAAGCAUGCUUUUCUUGGUAUAAAAGUCAUGCAUUCUGUACCUGCUUUAAAACUGCAAACCAUGAAGCCAAAGUUGAGCAAUAAGGAACUUGCCAAUUUUCAUAGACCCAAAGCCUUAUGGUACCCUCAUCACAACAAAGUUGCUGCUAUGAUACAAGGAGCACCUUGCACCCAUGGACCCAUGAAAAUUAUUUUAAUGAGCAUGGGAGGGAAAGGAAAGGGAACUAAGCUUACUGUCAAUGCUGAGGAAACUUUGUUGUCUUUCAAACAGCGGGCAUCUAAGAAGUUAGAUUUCAAGCUAUCAGAGAAAGUUAAAGUAUAUUAUUCUGGAAGAGAGCUUGAGGAAGACAUGUCUCUGGCAGAACAACAAGUGCGACCAAAUUCUGUGCUUCAACUUGUGCGUACAAGAAUCCAUGUGUGGCCACGGGCCCAAAAAUUGCCUGGUGAGAAUAAGCCUCUGCGGCCUCCUGGGGCAUUUAAGAAGAAAUCUGAGCUAUCUGUUAAAGAUGGACAUGUGUUUCUCAUGGAGUACUGUGAGGAGAGACCUUUGCUUCUAGGAAAUGUUGGGAUGGGGGCUAGACUAUGUACUUAUUACCAGAAAACUGCACCCAGUGACCUAACUGCUUCAUCACUACGAAAUGGCAAUGAGGGACUGGGGACCGUGCUUACACUUGAUCCUGCUGACAGAUCUCCUUUUCUUGGAGAUAUAGGUCCUGGUUGCAGCCAGUCAUGUCUUGAAACAAACAUGUACCGUGCACCUGUAUUUCCUCACAAGUUGUCUUCUACCGACUAUCUUUUGGUUCGUUCAGCAAAAGGGAUGCUUUCCCUUCGUCGCAUUGACAAAUUAUAUGUUGUUGGACAGCAAGAGCCUCACAUGGAAGUACUUUCCCCUGGAUCAAAAAAUGUGCAGACAUAUCUUGCUAACAGGAUGAUAGUACAUGUGUACCGCGAGUUUCGUGCUAAUGACAAGCCUGACUUUCUUCCUUAUAUUCGAGCAGAUGAGUUGGCUGCUCUGUUUCCAAGCCUAACAGAUGCCUUUGUACGCAAACGCUUAAAACAUUGUGCAGAUUUAAAGAAAGGGAAAAAUGGACAGUUAAUGUGGGGAAGAAGACGUGAUUUUCGCAUUCCAUCGGAGGAAGAAUUGAGAAGGAUGUUGACACCAGAGAAUGUUUGCUCAUAUGAGAGUAUGCAAGCUGGACUCUACCGGCUCAAACGAUUGGGAAUUAGUAGGCUUACCCAAAAUGUUGGUCUCUCUUCGGCAAUGAAUCAGCUUCCUGAUGAAGCUAUUUCUUUAGCUGCUGCAUCGCACAUUGAGAGGGAAUUGCAGAUAACUCCAUGGAAUCUUACAAGCAAUUUUGUUGCUUGUACAAAUCAGGGUCGAGAAAAUAUUGAGCGCUUGGAAAUUACGGGUGUUGGUGAUCCAUCGGGUCGUGGACUGGGAUUUAGCUAUGUCCGUGUAACCCCCAAGGCUCCUAUUUCAAAUGCAGUGGUGAAAAAGAAAGCAGCUGCUGCACGGGGGGGUCCGACCGUCACUGGAACUGAUGCUGAUCUCCGCAGAUUAAGCAUGGAUGCGGCACGUGAGGUUCUCUUAAAGUUCAAAGUUCCAGAAGAGCGAAUUGAUAAGUUAACUAGGUGGCAUCGGAUCGCUAUGGUACGCAAGCUUUCAAGUGAGCAAGCUGCAUCAGGAGUUAAAGUUGAUGCAAUGACCCUCAGUAAGUUUGCACGUGGCCAGAGGAUGUCCUUUCUUCAGCUUCAACAGCAAACUAGGGAAAAAUGCCACGAAAUUUGGGAUCGACAAGUUCAGAGUCUUUCGGCUGCUGAUGUUGAUGAAAGUGAUAGUGACCCAGAAGCAAAUAGCGAUCUUGAUUCAUUUGCUGGGGAUCUUGAGAAUUUGCUAGUUGCAGAAGAGUGUGAAGAUGAUGAUGGCACCACAGAUUUGAGAGGUGAUAAAGCUGAUGGUGUUAGAGGUCUUAAAAUGAGAAGAUGUCCAUCUCAAGCUCAAACUGAAGAGGAAAUUGAAGACGAUGAGGCAGAAGCUGUCAUUAUACGCCGAUUGCUUGAAGAUGAUGGGGCUGAUAUAAAGAAGAAGAGAACUAAACUCAAUGGAGUAGAAGUAGGUCAUGGUUCUCAUUUAGAUCCUGCAAAUGCUGAGUGUACCAAGAAAAUCAACACUGUGGUUGGACAAAUUGUUAGCACCCCAAAUCCUGAUGGUUCAUUUACCUCAAAGGAGUUGAUGACACAAAAACCUAAGGAGGUUGAAAUUUUUUUUGCUGAAAGGAGUCUGUCUGGGAAGGUAAAACCUAAAAAGGGUAAUGGAGUGAAUGAUGACGUAUCUGGAUUAGUAAAUAAGAAAAGUGCUUCAGUUAAAGAUGGACUUAAGGUUUUCAAGGAAAAGAAACAGCAUGACAAACCAGUGAGAGAAAAUUUUGUGUGUGGAGCAUGUGGGCAGCUUGGACACAUGCGGACCAACAAGAACUGCCCUAAAUAUGGAGAAGAUGCAGAAACUUCAGAACUAGAAAGUGUGUCAGGAAAAUCUAAUCUUCCUGAUGCUGCAACUCAGCUCCAAGUGAAAACUCCAAACAAGAAGUUGGUGCCUAAAAUGCUUGCAAAAGUGGCAGAUGCAGAAGUACCAGAAAGUGUUGAAAGGGCAGGACUGAAGUUGCCGACAAAGAUUCUCCCGGUGAAGUUCAAAUGCGGCCCAGCUGAAAAGCCUUGUGAGAAAAACUUGUCAGGGAUUCAUACUUCUGAUAAACAGAUUGUAGAUGCAGAGGGGGCGAAUAAACCAUCAGGAAAGAUCAAUAAAAUAAUAAUAUCUAAUAAGUCGAAUUCUGGUGAUGUUCAGAAUGAAAUUCAGAAAUCCUCUGUUCUUAUACGCCUUCCUGUUGACACAGAAAAAGAACAAUCACGCAAGAAAAUCAUCAUCAAACAGCCGAAAGUUAAUACUAACGUGGAGCAAGUUAAUUCUGCCACUGACACUGGAAUUGAUCACGAUUUCAGAAAAAUAAAGAAAAUUACUGAGUUAUCGAGUUUUGAGAAGAAGAAAAAUCAGGAGAGCCAGUGGUUCACCGAAGAGACAAGUAAGAGAAAUCUCAUCUAUGACAGGAGAUUAUGGGAUGAGGAAGAGAAAAGAAAAAACAAGGAGAGGAUAGUGGAAGAGAAAACUAGUAGGAUGCUUCAGGAGGAAAGAAGGAUGCAAGAAGAACACAGAUUAUUUGAGGCCAGAAGAUAUCCAGAAGCAUUCAGGAGGGAGGAAAGGACAAAGAAGAAGAAGAAAAAGAAAAAACAUGAUUUCAGAGAUGAAUACUUACUGGAUCAUAGGCCAUACAGAAACGACAGAAGGAUACCUGAAAGGGAUCGAGCUGCAAAGAGGCGACCGAUGGCCGAUGCUGAUCAGACAGAAUAUGCACCAUUAACAAAGCGUCGUAGGGGAGGAGAGGUUGAGUUAUCUAACAUAUUGGAGAGCAUACUCGAUAGCUUGAAGGAAACUAUCGAAAUAUCGUAUCUUUUUCUCAAACCGGUAACGAAGAAAGAAGCCCCUGACUACCUUGACAUCAUAAAGCGCCCAAUGGACCUCUCCACGAUCAGAGAGAAGGUAAGAAACAUGGAGUACAAGAGCCGGGAGGACUUCAGGCAUGAUGUUUGGCAGAUCGCUUAUAAUGCCCACAAGUACAAUGAUGGUCGAAACCCAGGCAUUCCUCCACUUGCUGACCAGCUCUUGGAACUCUGCGAUUACCACCUGGAACAGAAGCAUCACAUGUUAAGCGAUGCUGAGGCUGGAAUUGAGUUCAGGGAUAUGUAGAAAUAACUCGUGUGAUCAUCUCACCUGAGGCCAAUGUGAGCACCUCUGGGUAGAAGAAAUUGUUAUAUGAUAAAUUUGGAAUGGAAUUAGAUUCUUCUGUAUUAUAUGGUUUUUUUUUGGUAAACCGGCGCCUCAUUACACAGGAAUAUGAGUAUGCCUCGAGCUGUCAGAAUACAAAACAUGAGCUAGGCCCUGUGGAAUGGAAUCAGUGUCAUCCUAUAGGAUGCAUUAUAUGGUCUUUAGCGCAAACAUUUUUACUGGUCCAUGAUGUGCCUGGGGGAGUAAAUUUUUUCCGUUCCAUUGUACAGAGAGAGGGUUCAGUAUUCUGUAAUUCAAAAUGUCUGUAAAACAAUUACAAAAUAGUUAAAGAUUGAAAUUUACCCAGCAACACUGGAGAAUCU